CGAUAAUUGAAUCAGAGACAUUUCUCCUGCAGCCGUGAAGACGAUGUCUGAUAACGAGUUCCUGACUGGCAGCACAGGAAGCUGCAGCCUUUCCGCAUUCCAAGGAGGCAGGAGAAAGUUUUUCUUUUGGAGUUUGGCGCCCCGGUGUCACACAGAUACAGGCAGAAUAUAUGAACCGGAGGGUAACAACAGCUGCUUUACUCCACCGGAGAGCAUCAUGAGGAGGAACCUGCCUUACUACUCCCGCUGGGCCGAGAGACGCUCUACCGUGGUCUAUGCGGUCCGAGCAGCCACCCUGGGCUCCUGGAGGAUGCUCACCCUGGGGGCGGAGUACGAGGACACCUGGGCUGUGGCACCUGACAAGGGGGGCCGUCCCGGUCCCGGUCCCGGUAAGCAGCAGCGGCGGGUAGAGGAGGAGGAGGAGGAGGAGGACCCGGGGCCUGCGGACACCGGCCCUGGAGCCCCGCUGGAGCCGUCAUGGAGCGCCUGUAAGCCGGACUCACAGCAGCAGUAUGACGCCGUGUUCCACCUGGACGGAGCCGCGAGGACAGGCGGCCUACGUCACAUGUUUAGGAAGCACGAGACGGUAAACGGCACGACGAGGCCACGUGGGAUGGCUCGCUUCGCAGAAGAUCUUCCCACCCGCUAUGGAGGAGGAGGAGGUGGAGGAGGAGGAGGCGGUGCAGGCGGCGGAGGGAGAGGCGGACCGGGCGCCGGGAGAGGGGGAGCCCGGGGUGGAGGAGGUGGAGGUGGUGUUGGUGGCGCUCCGGGUGGCCAGAGGGUGUACAAGCAGUCCAUGGCCCAGAGAGCCCGGACCAUGGCCAUCUACAACCCGAACCCCGUCAAACAGAACUGCCUCACCGUCAACCGCUCCCUCUUCAUCUUCCGAGAGGACAACCUCAUCAGGAAGUAUGCAAAGCGAAUAACAGAGUGGCCUCCAUUCGAGUACAUGAUCCUGGCUACAAUCAUAGCUAACUGCAUCGUCCUGGCCCUGGAGCAGCAUCUACCUGAGAGCGACAAGACGCCCAUGUCAGAACGCCUGGACGACACAGAGCCCUACUUUAUUGGAAUAUUCUGUUUCGAGGCCGCCAUUAAGAUCAUCGCCCUGGGCUUCGCCUUUCACAAAGGCUCCUACCUCCGCAACGGCUGGAAUGUAAUGGACUUCGUGGUGGUCCUGACGGGGAUCUUGGCCACGGUGGGUUCAGACUUCGACCUGAGAACUCUGCGGGCGGUCAGAGUCCUCAGACCUCUGAAACUGGUGUCAGGAAUCCCCAGUCUGCAGGUGGUGCUGAAGUCCAUCAUGAAAGCCAUGGUUCCUCUGCUGCAGAUCGGCCUGCUGCUCUUCUUCGCCAUCGUAAUGUUCGCCAUCAUCGGCGUAGAGUUUUACAUGGGAAAGUUCCACACCACCUGCUUCAAGAUCGAGACCGGUGAGAGAGCAGCAGAGUAUCCUUGUGGUCUGGAGCCCCCGGCCCGGCUCUGCCCUAACGGGACCGUGUGCAGAGAAUACUGGACUGGACCUAAUUUUGGCAUCACCAACUUUGACAACAUCCUGUUUGCGGUGCUGACGGUGUUCCAGUGCAUCACCAUGGAGGGCUGGGUGGACAUCCUCUACAACACCAACGACGUAGCAGGAAACACGUGGAACUGGCUCUACUUCAUCCCCCUCAUCAUCAUCGGAUCCUUCUUCAUGCUCAACCUGGUGCUGGGUGUCCUGUCAGGAGAGUUUGCCAAAGAGAGGGAGCGCGUGGAGAAGAGGCAGGAGUUCCUGAAGCUCCGGAGGCAGCAGCAGAUCGAGAGGGAGCUCACUGGAUACUUGGAGUGGAUCUGCAAAGCAGAGGAGGUGUUGCUGGAGGAGGAGGAUGAGAUUGCAGAGGAGAAGUCCCCGCUGGACGGAGCGUGGUACAAGAGGAAACAAAACCUUCCAGUCCUGAAACGAGGCAAAGUGAAGAAAGGAAAGAACGACCUGAUCGGAGCCGAGGAGGGAGACGAUCCCUUCGCUGACAUCUCCUCCGUCCCUCCUCCCGGCUCUCCGUUCGGGCGCUCCAGUGUGAAGAGCGUUGGGAAGCUGGACUCGUCUUCGUACUUCAGACGUAAAGAGAAGAGAACCCGGUUCUUCAUCCGCCGCAUGGUGAAGGCUCAGAGCUUCUACUGGAUCGUUCUCUGUCUGGUGGGACUCAACACGCUGUGUGUCGCCAUCGUUCACUACGACCAGCCGGACUGGCUGACCAGAGCCCUCUACACAGCAGAGUUUGUGUUCCUGGGUUUGUUCCUGACUGAGAUGUCUCUGAAGAUGUACGGCCUCGGAGCCAGGAACUACUUCCACUCCUCCUUCAACUGCUUCGACUUUGGGGUGAUUGUGGGGAGUAUCUUCGAGGUGAUCUGGGACAUGAUUAAACCAGGAGCAUCGUUUGGGAUCAGUGUGUUGAGAGCUCUGAGACUGCUCCGGAUAUUUAAAGUCACCAAAUAUUGGAACUCUCUGAGGAACCUGGUGGUUUCCCUCCUCAACUCCAUGAAGUCCAUCAUCAGCUUGCUCUUCCUCCUCUUCCUCUUCAUCGUGGUCUUCGCUCUGCUGGGCAUGCAGCUCUUCGGAGGACAGUUUAACUUUGAAGAUGAGACGCCAACAACAAACUUUGAUACGUUCCCAGCAGCCAUCCUCACCGUGUUCCAGAUUCUGACUGGCGAGGACUGGAACGCCGUGAUGUACCACGGGAUCGAGUCUCAAGGUGGCGUCCGCCGCGGCAUGUUCUCCUCCGUCUACUUCAUCGUCCUCACGCUCUUUGGAAACUACACCCUGCUGAACGUCUUCUUGGCCAUCGCUGUCGAUAACCUCGCUAACGCACAGGAGCUCACUAAGGAUGAAGAGGAGCAGGAGGAGGCAGCCAAUAAGAAGCUGGCGCUGCAGAAAGCUCUGGAGGUGAAGGAGGUCAGCCCCAUGUCUGCAGCUAAUAUCUCCAUCUCUGCUUUUGUAAAGCAAAAUCGAGAUGCACUCUCUCGCAGGUCGUCCAUCAACAGCAUUCAGUCACCUAAGGAGCAGCAGCGCUCCUCCAAGUCCAUGUCGGUGUGGGAGCAGAGGACCAACCAGCUGAGGAGGCACAACAUGAGGUCCAGCAGCGAGGCGCUGUUCAACGAGCUGGACCCCGAGGAGCGCCUCCAGGUCUCCUCCGCCCUCCACCUGCACCCCGACAUGAAGACCCACCUGGACCGGCCCCUGGUGGUGGACCCCAAGAACGGAGAAGGAGGAGGAGGAGGAGGAGGAGGCCGGGGGGAGGAGGCGCCGCCGGGGGAGGAGAACUUCCACACUCACUCCAGGAGGCACCACCGGCACCGAGACCGGAGCAACGGAGACGGAGGAGGAGGCGAGGGCCGGGUCGGAGGGAGGCACCACACACACCACAGCAGGAGCAGGGACCACAACAACAGUGAGGGCCCCCAGACGAGGGAGAGGAGAGGGGGGAGCAGAGACAGCCGAGAAGGAGGUCCGGGGCUCAGGCACCAUCACCAGGCCGGAUCCCCCGAGGAGGAGGUGAAUAAUGAGGAGAGAGGGCAUCGACACCAUCACUCCCACCGGCCACCGAAGGAGGGAAAUGGGAUGAUAGCAAACGGAGCUCAGGGGGAGCGCCGGGGGAGAGGAGGAGGAGGAGGAGGAGGAGGAGGAGGAGGAGGAGGAGACAGUAACGGGGAGAGGAAGGGACGCUGCUCCCGUAUGGUCAGAGCUCAGUCUACUCUGGACGGAGACGACUGUAGGAGGAGCAAGAAUGGAACUAAAAGUCACAGGGAGAGACAGCAGGACGGGGAGGAGGACGGCCUCUCCUCCAGCCCUCUGCAGCCCAGGAGGAGCACCCUGAGUCUGGGGGAGAAGCAGGAGGACGCCGACAACCAGAAGAACUCCACCAGAGCCAGCCAGGCCGGCCUCAACAGCAACACCAUCCACAUCCCCGUCACCAUCACCGCCCCGCCCGGAGAAACCACCAUCAUCCCCAUGAACAAUAUCGACUGCGACAACUUCGGCCUGAGUGAGGAGAAGAAGGAGCUGGAGGAGGAGGAGGCGGCUAAUGGGCCUCGGCAGAUCCUCCCCUACAGCUCCAUGUUCAUCUUCGGACAAACAAACCCGGUGAGGAGGCUGUGUCACUACGUGGUGAACCUUCGCUACUUUGAGAUGUGCAUCCUGAUGGUGAUCACCAUGAGCAGCAUCGCUCUGGCAGCUGAAGACCCAGUACAGUCCAACGCUCCACGCAACAACGUCCUCAAGUAUCUGGACUACGUCUUUACGGGAGUCUUCACUUUUGAGAUGGUGAUUAAGAUGAUAGAUCUGGGUCUGCUGCUCCAUCCUGGUUCGUACUUCCGGGACCUUUGGAACAUUCUGGACUUCAUCGUGGUCAGCGGCGCUCUGGUGGCCUUCGCCUGCUCAGGGACCAAAGGCAAGGACAUCAACACCAUCAAGUCCCUGAGGGUCCUCAGAGUCCUGCGGCCACUCAAGACCAUUAAACGCCUCCCCAAGCUCAAGGCGGUAUUCGACUGUGUUGUGAACUCUCUGAAGAACGUUCUGAACAUCCUCAUCGUCUACAUCCUCUUCAUGUUCAUCUUCGCCGUCAUCGCUGUGCAGCUCUUUAAGGGCAAAUUCUUCUACUGCACAGACGAGUCCAAAGGUCUGGAGAAAGACUGCAGGGGUCAGUUUCUGGACUAUGAAAAGGAUGGCGUGGAAGCUCAGCCCAGAGAGUGGAAGAAGUACGAGUUCCACUACGAUAACGUUCUCUGGGCCUUCCUGACGCUCUUCACCGUGUCCACCGGAGAGGGCUGGCCACUGGUCUUGAAACAUUCUGUGGACGCCACUUACGAGGACCAGGGUCCCAGCCCUGGCUUCCGCAUGGAGACAUCCAUCUUUUAUGUGGUCUACUUCGUGGUGUUCCCUUUCUUCUUUGUCAACAUAUUUGUGGCUUUGAUCAUCAUCACGUUCCAGGAGCAGGGAGACAAGGCCAUGUCGGAGUGCAGCCUGGAGAAGAACGAGAGGGCUUGUAUCGACUUUGCCAUCAACGCCAGGCCGCUGACGAGAUACAUGCCAGAGAACAAGCAGUCCUUCCAGUACAAGAUGUGGAAGUUUGUGGUGUCGCCUCCGUUCGAGUACGCCAUCAUGACUCUAAUCGCUCUCAACACAGUCGUGCUGAUGAUGAAGUUCUACGGAGCUCCAGACCUGUACGAGUCCAUGCUGAAAUACUUAAACAUCGUCUUCACAGCGCUCUUCACACUGGAGUGCAUCCUCAAGAUUAUUGCCUUCGGUCCACUGAACUACCUGAAAGCAGCCUGGAACGUGUUUGACUUUGUGACGGUGCUCGGCAGCAUCACAGACAUCCUGGUCACAGAGAUCAAGGACAAGAUGAUCAACUUGAGUUUUCUGAGGCUGUUCAGAGCAGCUCGUCUCAUCAAGCUGCUCCGUCAGGGCUACACCAUCCGCAUCCUGCUCUGGACCUUCGUCCAGUCCUUCAAGGCUCUGCCGUACGUCUGUCUGCUCAUCGCCAUGUUGUUCUUCAUCUACGCCAUCAUUGGGAUGCAGGUGUUUGGGAACAUCGAGCUGAACGACGAUACCGCAAUAAAUCACCACAACAACUUCCAGACCUUUUUCCAGGCCUUGACUCUUCUCUUCAGGAGUGCGACCGGCGAGACGUGGCAUGAGAUCAUGCUGGCGUGUCUCAGUAACCGGCCCUGUGACAGACUCUCAGGAACAGCAGGGAAGGAGUGUGGGAGCGACUUCGCCUACUUCUACUUCGUCUCCUUCAUCUUCCUCUGCUCCUUCCUGAUGUUGAACCUGUUUGUUGCCGUCAUCAUGGACAACUUUGAGUAUCUGACGCGGGACGCCUCCAUCCUGGGACCUCAUCACCUCGAUGAAUUCAUCCGCGUGUGGGCGGAGUACGACCCCGCUGCCUGCGGGAGGAUUUGCUAUCAGGAUAUGUACAAAUUGUUGCGUUUUAUCUCCCCUCCCCUGGGCCUGGGCAAGAAGUGCCCCAACAGGGUGGCUUAUAAGCGGUUGGUGAAGAUGAACAUGCCGAUCGCUGAAGACAAGACGGUUCAUUUCACGUCGACGCUGAUGGCUCUGAUCCGCACGGCGCUGGAGAUCAAACUGGCCUCCGGCGUUCUGGCUCAGCAUCUGUGUGACGCCGACCUGAAGAGGGAGAUCAACCGAGUCUGGCCGAACCUGUCGCAGAAGACUGUCGACCUGCUGGUGACGCCGCCCAAAUACAAUGAGCUGACGGUGGGGAAAGUCUACGCUGCUCUCAUGAUCUUUGACUAUUAUAAACAGACGUGUGUUAAGAGACUCCAGCAGCAGAACUCCACAGGAGGACCUCAGAGUAAACUGGGAGCGUUGUUCCGACCUGUUCUGGCCAUCACUCACAUCCAUGGGGCGGAGCCGAGGAUCUGCAGCCCCAAACAGCCGUUUCCACUCGAGCCGAAGCCUGAAGCCAAAGCAGAGCCGCUGCCCUCCACCACCAUCCCCUCCACCCUGCCCUCCCCCCUCCCCCCGGUUAACAGGGACGCCAUUUUAAACCAGAGAAGUGCCAUCAAACAUUCCCAGUCUGGAGACGUUUCUCAGGCAGCGCAGCAGAGACCCAAAGGACGGAGGAAACUCCAGAGAGGCCAGUCGGAGGACGUCCCGUACUCCACCAGACCUCAGGAAUAUGUUGAACUGAAGCAGGUGGAGAACACCUCAGACUCAGAGACGUAUCCGAGCCUGGAGGGCCACAACAGGGCGGCGUCUCUGCCCCGCCUCAACGCUGAGUACUACCGGAGCCACCCUCGCCACGCCCCCGGGACCCACCUGGCACCCAUCGUGGACCUCAGCCCCAUCAGGCGCUCCGCCUCCUCUCUGACUCCUCAGCUGAGGGAGUUUGACCUGGAGCGUCCGGGCGGGGCCCCCCAGUCCUCGGGGGGGCCGGGCCAGGGGCCGGAGAGGGCCCACCACCACCACCACCACCACCGCUGCCACCGACGCAGAGACAAGGACAAAGACAAGAAGCAGAAGUCUCUGGACAGAGCUUCAUCGGUGCAGCCGUCCAGCACCGUCGAUUCGUUCACCGACCCGUCGGCUGAAGGUUUGUCCAGAGAGCGAGCGAGGGAGCGUGACCGGAGCCGUCCUCAUGAGAGGAGGCACCACUCCUCCGCCGGGGAGAAGCAGCGCUACUACUCCUGUGAGCGUUACGGCAGCAGGGAGCAGUGUCACACCAAGUCAGCCGGGCCGAGUCGCUCCACGUCUCCUGGAGAGGGACAGGAGGCGGCUUUCAGACAGCAUGGUAGCAGUGUGGUGAAAGCUGGAGCAGGAACUCUCCCGUCUGGGUCGAGUACUCCGGGUCGUGGUCGCCGGCAGCUCCCCCAGACGCCCCUCACCCCUCGCCCUGCCGUGACCUACAAGACCGCCAACUCCUCGCCUCUCCCGCCCGUCGCUCCGAUGGGACACCAGACUCGCUUCAGCCGUGGCCUUUCAGAGCACGAACGCUUGUACUGGGGCCCGGACGAGUCCCCGGUCCCGGUCACCCGCAUCGGUUCGGACCCCAACCUAAACCGGCAGCAGCAGGCGCUUCUGGAGGAAGACUUCCAGGACACAGUGAGCAGCCUGGGAGGGGGCCGCUCCGCCAGGACCGCCACCGCCACCACAGCCUCAGCGUCACACGGGACGGCUGCUGCGCCCGCCACAGCCGCCGCCACACAGGGUCGGGCCGGGGUGGUGCCCAACGGGUUCCACUUCACCCUCGGGGUCAACUCCGCAUCUGGGCCGGGGGGCCGGGGAACAGGAAGUCUCAGGGAGCGGGAGGAGGAGGACUGGUGCUAACGGGGAGGUCCAGAGCUGUGAUCCGAUACCCAUACUUCCUGUUCUUACUAUACUUAGUUUGAGUACGCAGCGUGUUCCGAUUCCGAUCGCAGCGAAAAGAAGUGUACCUAAUCAUUACCUGCAGUCUCUCCCAGCUGCAGAGCCGGAGGGGAUGCUAACCCCUUAGCGUCCAGUCUGCAAAUUGCUAAUAGGCUAACAGUUAGCUCUGUAGCAGUACAGUGUGUAUGUG